AUGUCGAUAGAAACCCGAUCAAGUUCGGCUCUUUUUAAAAGGGCCGAACAAUUAAAGCGUUGGGAAGAAUCGGAAACGAACCGGGAAGACACUGUGCUCAAGACCAAGACGCGGAAAAUCAAGUUUUCCGCUGGCUGUGUGUUUUUAGCAGCAUGUGCAUCAGGAGACAAGGAGGAGGUGGUGCGGUUGGUCGAGAAAGGGGCUGACAUAGACACUGCCAAUGUCGACGGACUGACAGCUCUGCAUCAGGCGUGCAUAGACGACAACCUGGACAUGGUGGAGUUCCUGGUGCAGCACGGCGCGGACGUGAACCGGGGCGACAACGAAGGCUGGACCCCCCUGCACGCCACUGCGUCCUGCGGCUUCAUUAGCAUAGCCAAAUAUUUAAUUGAACACGGAGCCAACGUAGCCGCCGUCAACAAUGAUGGGGAGCUGCCUCUGGACAUUGCUGAGUCUGAUGAGAUGGAAGAAUUACUGCAACAACAUGUUAUUGCCAAAGAAAUUGAUUGUGAAGAGGCAAGAGGUGAAGAGGAGCGGAUGAUGAUGAUGGAUGCCAAGGAAUGGAUAAAUAGUGGAGAAAUUGAUGAUGUGCCACAUCCGAAGACCGGUGCGUCUGCGUUGCACGUUGCAGCAGCUAAGGGCUAUAUAAAAGUCAUCAGUGUCCUGCUCCAGGGUAAAAUAGAUAUUAAUGCACAAGACUGUGAUGGCUGGACACCACUCCAUGCUGCAGCACAUUGGGGUCAAAAGGAAGCGUGUGAGAUGCUUGUUGAACACUUCUGUGAUAUGGAUAUUAAAAACUAUGUGGGUCAGACUGCUUUUGAUGUGGCUGAUCUUGAUAUGGUUCGGACAUUAGAGGAGCUCAAGAAGAAACAAGCCACGUUACAACAGGACAAUGGAGAUAUUAAUGCAAUAAUCAACAGAAAAGCAGCUGCCAACACACCAAAGAGACGGUCUUCCGUCACCAGGAUGUCGGGCUCAGACAAAUCCAGUCUUAUCAACAAGGAUACAUCAUCAGAACGUCAAGUGCUGGAUCGAACCAUAUCGGAAGAAGAAGGACCUCCUGGUUCAAAGGUUAAGAAAGUGGAAGUGAAGAUUGGAAAGGAAGAUUCCAAGGAGGAAAGCCAAGUUGAUGAGGAUGAGACUUCUAGUGAGUCUGAUUCUGAAAUUGACUCAACAGACUCAGACUCAAGUGAUUCUAGUUUUGAUAAGUUUGAGGAAGGACUUGAAGAAAAGAAGAACCAAGUCAACAGAAUAGGUGAUGGUCCUACAAACCCAGCUCCCAGUGCUCCACCCAAACUCGCUCAAGGUGAGAAUGAAACACCAUGGAGAAGGCCAGGUUCUGUGAGGGGUCGGUCAGAGCAGAAUCACUAUCAAAUACAGCCUCCUCCGCGGAAUUUCACUUUACGUCUUGGUGACAAGGAUGACAACAGUGAUACUGCGCCUGCUGGCGGGCGUGGUUCGGCAGAUAAUCAGGAUGUUGUUCUUAGAGUACGGAGAACCCAAAGUUUCAUUGAAGAUGACAAGUUUUACCGCAGAUACCUGGAGUUACAUGCAAGAAUAAACGGUUCAUGCCCCUCAUUGCCUUCCUCACAGUCUGUGUCAGCCUUACCCAUUCGAUCUGCCUCACUCAGAGAGAAAUACUUUCCCAGUCGUAGAGGAUCCGCUGACGAAAACAAAGCAAGCCCUACUAAGACUGCUUCUGCAGCUGUGGUGUCAGCUGUAGCAGCAGCUACAGCACCUGCAACUGCAGCUAGCCUAAUGCCCCCACCAGCUGACCCUGCCAACAGAGCAUCACAAAGCACUACCAUCAAUUCUGUGCCUCCGGUCCGAAGCGGGCCUAAGGACAGUAGUUCUAGUGGUAGUCCAACUACCACUCCUACCACCCCUACCACGCCUGGGGGAAGUAAGCUUAGUCCAGGGAACAUCUUCAAAAAUUUCUUCAAGUCUUUUGUACCUCCUGUUCGCGAUGAGGAAUCAGAGACCCAGCGAAAAGCCCAUGCCAAGAGGGUAAGAGAAACUCGGCGGUCUACUCAAGGAGUUACUUUGGAAGAGAUUAAGUCAGCUGAACAGUUGGUGAAGAAGAAACAGCAACAGCAACUUCAUCAAGCUACUCAACAACUCAACAAUGACCAGCCAAAUGCAGCGGAUUUGAUUUAUGGCAAUAACUGUACUUCGAUAUCAGCCACAAUAACAACCGGUGAGCCCACUGUUCCUAGUCCUACGAAAGAAAAAGAAGACGGCGGUUUCUUUUCGUGCGAGCGGCGGCCCUCGUGGCGCCUGCGGGUUGACAACGGAGACCGAAGCAAGUUUCUACUUGAAGAUGCUCGGAAUCGCAGUAGCAUGCCUGAGGCACCAACUGCGUACAUCAGGCGACCGUCUGGUGGAUCUGUAGGCCGUCCAACUUCCGCUCCGAGUACCGGACCCGAACCUGCCUCUGCAGAGACAACGGUCACUUUACCACUUAGAAGACAAUUGAAGCCACCAGAAGAUAAAGAACAAGACAAAGAAAACGACAGCAGAAAUGCCCAAGCAACUCAGGCGGUGAUCGCCAGGCGGAAGAGACCAAAGCGAAGGUCAACUGGAGUUGUGCAUGUGGAUUUAGAUGAAAUUGAUCCGGAAAGACAAGAAAUUAAUCAAGGCGAAGGGGAUGAAUCAACAACUAAUCAUAUUGAAAGUGGAGCGGACCGGUCUGGGCGUUCCUCUCGCCUGGGCUCGACUUCCUCAGCUGGCGGUGACUCGGCGUCUGUAAGCAGAGCCGUCACUCCUGCAAGAUCAGAGAAUGGAGAAAUCGAUUACAAGAAGCUUUAUGAAGAAUCUCUAGCAGAAAAUGACCGUUUGAGAGAGAAAUUAAAGAAGACUGAAGAGGAGAAAGCUCUUGCUGAUAACUCUGUUCCUAGUAAAAGCAGCUUGUCGGAACUGGAAAAGCGAGAAAGGAGGGCAAUGGAGCGGAAAUUAUCUGAAAUGGAGGAGGAGCUAAAGCAAUUGCAAAAGCUCAAAAUGGAAAACGAAAGAUUGAGGUCUGAAAACCGUGCUUUGACGCGGGUGGUGACUAAGCUGACUAGUUCAGCUAAUGCCAGAAUCUAGCUUUUGGAGCAGCUCAAAGCGGAAAAUCAGAGGCUGAAAGAUGAAAAUGGAGCUUUGAUUAGAGUUAUCAGCAAGUUAUCUAAAUGACCUCUACUGUACCAACUCAUUUUUAUUUUACUUAUAAGGAUGGUUUACUAAAAUGUUGUGGAAACCACAUGUGAUCAUUUUAAGUUGCAUUUGGUGCAAUUUGUUUUGUUUCAUUUCAUUUUGUAUAAAGUUUGAAUGUGUCUGUGCGUACUCAAAGUUUGCAUUGUCUUGCCUUGUGAGCUUUGUUUAUAGUCUCAAGAGAAAACUUUUAUUUCUAGUCUCCAAUUAGAAUUCUGUUUUGUUUGUAAGUGGUUGGAAACAAUCUGUUUUAUCAAGAUGUUUUUUUUUUCUCUUUGUCUUUUAUGUCACACUGCAACUUGGAUAAUCAUUCUUAUGAAAAGAAAUAUAUGCCCUAAAAUUCUACCAUGGCCAACAAAAUUAAUCAGAUGGACAGUUGUAUGGUAACAGUAAUUAAUACGUAUCAACUUUCUUCAGAACUUUUUUUUUUAAGCCAAAUAAAUGACAGACUGACACCACAUGACUAUCCUUAUCUGUACCAUGUGGUUUUGUCAAAAUAUUGUUCCACAAAUCGGGCAUUUCUAAAGACACUCAUGUUCAAAAAAUGUGUUUGAAAACGAAAAUUGAAGCACUAUGGAAGAUAUUUUCAGCUUUUGUACAUUUUUUGUUUUCUCUGGCACUUGUGUUACAUUUGUUAUUACGUACAUGUAAGGAACUUUACCAAACUGGUCCAUAAUUAUUUUUCCUUUGUUAUUGUUAUUUAUUACAAUCAGUGAAAGUGAAUGUUAUGAAAGUGCAUAAAAUGUGGGAAAGAAAUUUUUACAAGGGCUCUGUCCAUGGGAGAUCUCAAUUGUGAUGUAUAUGAAGCACCUUUGCCUCUCUCUGUCUCCUGGAAAUUCUAGGGGGAUGUAAACCUCUAAUUUAUUGGUGAAUGUACAUAUAUUUAUGGUAUAACACUGCUAGGAGGCGAGCAGGUAGGCAUGCAAGCGCUGUGUUCAAAUGUCAGCUUUUAAUUUAGUACAUAACAUUUCCUUUCAAUUUAGAUGUAUUUUAUCCACCCUCCCCCCCCCUUUUUUUUGCAAUGUGCCUUUGUGCUUUUACUGUACAUUAUACAUAAAAUUUUAAAAUAAAUUUUAUAGAAUGUGUAUGGAAAUGUAUUAAAAUUAGUGAAAACUUUUAUCUUA